GAAUUUCGGAGGAACCGUCUCAGCCCCGUCGGAGAUUCGCUCUCUUCAUUCUUCAACCAUUCUCAUCCUUUUCGCUUGUCAUCUCAACAUAUGCCCGCCUUCCAAUCCCUCCACAUCUCCGAACCUAUGGGAGCAUCAAGUUCACGUCUCUCCACACCCUUCCUCUAUUUCAGUGCAUUCUUGGCAAGCAUCUACACAGCAUUCAUGAGCUUUUUUUCCCGCUUCAAACCAUCUCCAGUUCUGACACUUAACGCACGACGUCUUCGCACCGUCAAACCACUGGGCGAAGGAGGGUUUUCCUUUGUAUACCUCGUUAAAGAUGAUGCUGGUAGCUUGUUUGCAUUGAAGAGGGUUCGAGUCCAAUUGCCAGAGCAUGAGGAACGCUUGCGGAAGGAGAUUGAGGCACAUAAGCUUGUUAGGAGUGAGCAUGUCGUCACGUUGGUGGAUUCUAUGAUCCUUAAGGAGGGUGGAAGUGUGGUGGAGGGCCUCUUACUGCUACCGUUUUACGAGAAGGGAACGGUACAGGAUCUUAUAGAUCGGACACCUCUCAACGAAUUCAUUCCUCUAAAAACCAUCCUGAACCUCGCAGUGGAUGUGUGCGCCGGUCUCACUGCCUUCCACACACAAGAUCCACCACUUGCCUUCCGCGACCUCAAGCCAGCGAAUAUUCUCAUAUCCGCGGAGGGACACGGUGUGUUGAUGGAUCUUGGAUCCGUUAGCGAAGCGCGAGUCAAAAUAUCGUCUCGAAGGGAAGCUCUGGCAUUGCAGGAAUUAUGUGCAGAAACGGCUACUGCACCAUUCCGUGCGCCAGAGCUCUUUGAUCCACCGUCGAAUGGAGAGAUUGACGAGAGGUCGGAUGUGUGGGCAUUGGGAUGUACAAUCUAUGCAAUGGCUUAUCGCAACUCUCCGUUCGAUGGUAGCAUGACAGCAGCCGUUAGUGGGCGACUGUCGUUCCCGGGACGAGACCCUUAUGGUGCCACGUUCCGUGCAUUGAUUGAAUCAUGUACUGUUACGGAUUGGCGGGUAAGACCGUCUAUCUCUGAGGUUCAGGAAAGAUGUAGGGUAUUACUGGAGACUGAAAAUGGGCAAGUUUAAUGCUUAUGUGGGAUGUUUCUUUUAUCCAAUAGAAUUGUUGUAGUGCUACGUGCUUCGUAGUGUGCAGACAAAAAGAAAUGUCAGUCGAAAUAUUCAACUGAAUUCUCAGCAAAAAUGACAAUAUGAAAGUAAUUGUAUUCGUGUAUAUCAUACAUGCGCACUUGGGAAGCAAUCAAGACCAAAUUAC